AUGACGGAGCCAUCCAGCAAGGUGGCAAAAGGCGAGGAAGCCGUUCUGGAGAUCGCCGAGAUGUUGUUUCUGAGAGUCUCUGAGAACACGCAACUUGCAAGUCUCUUCGACCAGAAGCACUCAGACCAGGCAUUGGAGGAGUUCGCCAACCUGAUUGAGAAGCUGUCGGAGCUCGACUCCGCGCCAAUAGCGAUAUCGCCCAGCCUUUUAAGCCAGCAGGCGGUGGACUCUGUCUCUGAGAUCCUUCUGCAUUCUUUGCAAGAGAACUCAGCCGUCCCGGAUCCGCUUGCGACCAGCCUGGCGAAGUUGACCCAGUCAGCCCGAAGCGAGCCCCGCCUUUCACGGCUGGUGAGCGACAUCAAGAACGCACAGGCAGCACAUAUGACUGCUUUGGACGCGGCCGCUGGUGGAGAAGAUGCAGAAGUAGACGGCUUGAAUGGUGACUUUAACAUCAUGUCUUUCGAGGAGCUCGACAUGCCGGAGCACGAGGCGAAGCAGGUCCAAGAAGUGUGGAGUCGAUUCAACUCAUUCUAUGAUUCGUCAGAGGCAGCUGGUGAGGCGAUGUUUGAUGCAAUCCUUGACGCAUCGCCCACUCUGGGGACUUUCUUUAAGCUGCCAAGGGCUGUUGCAUCAAUGCGCCUUCAAGAAGGCAUCAACCAGAUAAUCAAGUCCUUGCGGAACCCGAAACAGACCAAACAGUUGGUGGACGUCCUCGGUUUCAAGCACCUCAAUCUUGAAGUCACUGGCUCUCGCGUGCGGAUAAUUCGCGAUGCGCUGGUGGAACUGGUAGCCAGCGAAGUGAUUGCAUCGCACUCACGGCAAGCUCUGGGAAGCUUUAUCAAGGUCCUCAACUACAUAGGUGGAGCGCUGUUAUACAUACGAGCCACCUACUCUCAGCGAUUGCAGAUAUUGUCAACCAGCUGGGCAGAAGCGAACAGAGACCGUGACAAGGUCAAAAAAGCGUCCGGCGAGAAGAAGCCUCAGGACACAGCGCAGCUCACCAAGCAAAAGAUGGAUGAGCAUGUGCCGGAAGAGGUCGUGUACAUCGGUGAGGAGCGCAUGGCAGAGCGACGACGCCGUCAGGAGCAGCAUGUGCCAAAGACUUUCUAUGACAUGUUCUGUUUCAAUGCUGCCGUCAUGGACCUGCUGCAGGACUGGAUGUUCGAAAUUCUGGAUGCCUUCGAUGACAUUGUGUGCAACGCUGCCAAUGUCUAUCGCCUGCAGGAAGAAAGUGAUGUUCUCGUCCUGAAGAUCUCUAAGUUGGACACCGAGAUCAAUCUCGACGACUUCAAAGCUGUUAUGCUUGCAUCCCUCCGGUCACUCCUGCCGAAGGACUGGACAUCAGCACACGAAGAGGUUUGGUGCUGGCUGUGGGAGAGCGUGCAGAGCCUUCUGAACGAAGAGUUGGGCAAGCCUGCCGCAAGGGCCAGGAUCUUGUCGCGCUAUAUGUCCUCUUUAGAUGACCAAGCGCGGCAAGAGAUUGGAGAGGAAGUCUACCGUAACUUUUUCACCAUCGUGCCUGCUGGUCAGGACUACAUGAAGCAGUCAAGGACUCGACUGCACUUCAUUGCCGACUCUGUCAUGCGACUGAGUGAGGAGCUGUACCAGGAGCCGUACCAGAUGGUUGAGGAGCUUUCAGCACUCGGACUGCGUCACGUCGGCUAUGCUGUCCCCACGGAGUUCUUCGGCCCAUUCGUGAACGCCUUCAUUGAAGUGGUGAAAGACCGUGUGGAUGAUCCCCCCAUUAUCGAAAGCUUCUCAUGGUCGCUGGGGCUAAUGGCCCGAAUGCUGGUCCGGACAAUCAAGGAGGGCUCCACGAUUGUCAUGAAGGCCAUCAACCAGAACUCCAAGGAGCUCCUGGGAAGCGCACUGAUCUGUGCGCCUCGUGGGGAGCGCUUCAACUGGGUCUUGACCGUCGCAGUGGGAACCCAGUCGAUCUCUCCCCUCGAAUGGGCUGUCACCAGCGGCAAUUGGGUGGCUGCAGAACUUAUCAUCCAGGAUCUCUUGACGAUUCGAGCCGACAGGGAGAGAUAUUACUAUGGCCUUGAUGCAUUGUUUGAGAGGCAUCCUGACAUUAUCCAGUUGCUCUGCACGCAGGCCCAAUGCCUACUCAAAACUCUUCUUGAUGGAAUGAUGUGGCACUCUCACCUGACGUCUGAUGGCAUGCGGCGCACGAACUAUUACAUCAAGCACUUGAUAACAGACAGAAACGGCGAUUUCGCACCUUGCAUGAAGGCUAUUGUGCAGCUGCAGGAUCCCGGAAUUGCGGUGCACAGAGUCCUGACGCGGGUGACCGGCAUCGUGUGGCAAGGCUUGAUCCGCUCCAGAUUCAUCUUUGGCACCACAUGGCUCCUUUUCAAUUUCAUGCUCUUUGUCCUGAGCCACGGAUUGCUCAACCAUGAAGCGGCGCAAGUGGAGAUGUCGUCCAGGAUUGCCAUGUUCACCUUCCGUUCCAUCAUCUACUUCUUAGGCAUGACACAGCUGAUCUACGGCCGGGUCCGCCACAUAUGCAGAGCUAUCAAGGAUGGGGAUUUGGUUACUAUUGCAAACAUGCCCAUUCCCAAAAGAAUGGUGGACAACUGGCGGGAGCCAGUUUCUUGCUUACUGGCUUCUGCUUUGAUCAUCAUGUUCUUCAUCGAGCCUGUGCUGUCUUGCUUGCAGCACUACGAAGGUGAUUUUGAGGGCUCAGGUCUCUUCACCGAUCUCUGUCCGGAGGGCAAGGGCGUCCGGGAGGUGUAUUCCAUCCUCUCUUUGUUCAUUGUCGCUUUGUAUAUGGCCCUGCUGUUGGACCUUGCAGCGCUGUCGAUCAAGUUGAACGCAUAUGUCCUUGUGGCAAUCAAUGUCUUACCAGAGCUUUUCCUUAUGAUUACGGCGGUAGCCUUCCUGGUGAUCAUGUUUGCCACAUGUGUGGCAGUUAGCCACACUUCAGUUGACGCCUUCAAAGACAUGCCGACUGCUGGUAUGCGCUUCUUCCAGAUUGCGGCGAAGAUGCAAGACAACCGAGGGAUGCCGGAGAUCUCCACGGUUCCGCUUCUUAUGGUGGCGAUCGGCUUGUUCGUGCUUGCAGUGGUAUUCGGCGCCUUCAACAUCUUCGUCGCGCAGCUGACAUGCGCACACCAGGAGAUCUACGACAGUAUGGUGGGCUAUUCAAUUCUGAGGCGAAUGCAGAUCUCCAUUGACACGAUGCAGACGCUCCGUCGGCGCAAGUUCAAGCAGUUUGUGGACAGCCUCGUCAUGGACGAGCCUUUGGAGUUCGGCGAAGGUGAUAUUGGUCUUCCGGGCGGCGUGCAGAUCAUGGAGUGCGCAUCCCUUCACCCGCAGAACAAAGAGAGCAUUAUCAGGUUCGGCGGUUCCACGGAGUCAUCCAUGCAGUGGCCCAAAGAAGAAGCCUUGGAGAUUGCUUCGGAGGAUGCAAGGCUGGAUCGCCUGGUCAAGAAGUUUGACAAGUCGCUGCUGAGGAUAUCCAAGAUGAUGAAAAAGCGAGGCUUCUCAAGCUACACCUCUGCAGUCACUUCUCGAAUGGGGGCUUCGACCACGAAGACAUCGACAAAGCUGAGCUCAGCGCCGGAUGGCGAACCUACGAGCGGUGCAAGUGGUGCAGCAAGCUACACCAGUGAGGAGCCCAACUCACACAGCGAGUGUGAAAUACCCGGUCAGUCUAAGUGA